GGUGCCAGGGCAGUGAUGCGCGGCGGCCCCGUGUCAGCGCUGGUUCCACAGAAUCCAUUAGCUUGGAAAAGAUCCCCGAGAUCAUCGAGCCCGCCCUGGGACCGAGCACCACCGUGGCUUCUUCACUCCGGGGACGCGGGUGGCGCUUGUUGGGAGAGCCACGGGGUGACCGAGGAAUGGGGAAACUGGACUUGUGUCCAAGUAUCAGCAGUAGAGGUCAACACCCCGGAGGAGAUGUUUGUGGAGAACGGGACGGACGCAAAGCUCCCAUGCACGUUCACAUCCGUAGAAGUGAUCAGCAGUGCAGCAUCUGUCUCCUGGAGCUUUCAACCUGAGGGAGCAGCCACUCGUAUCUCAUUUUUCUAUUACUCUAAUGGGAAGUCAUACCCUGGAAAGGACAUACCAUUUAAAGACAGGAUCACUUGGGCUGGAGAUCUUAACAAGAAAGAUGCUUCUAUCACUAUAUCAAACAUGCAGUUCCGGGACAACGGCACGUACAUUUGCGAUGUCAAGAACCCACCUGACAUUGUUGUCAAACCAGGAGAAAUCCGAGUUAGAGUUGUGGAGAAAGACAGCCUGCCUGCGUUCCCCAUUGCCACCGUGGCAGGGAUAGCCAUCGGUACGGUUACAGGUCUCUCAUCGCUCAUCUCUAUUGUCGUGUGUCUUGUCAUCAGAAAGAACAACUCUAAAAAACGAUACUCUGGCUGCAGUACCUCUGAGAGCUUGAUGUCUCCGGUUAAGCAGGCUCCGCAGAAGGCGCCCUCCGACACAGAGGGCCUGGUAAACAGCGUGCCCGCCAGAUCACACCAGGGCCCAGUCAUUUACGCGCAGUUAGAUCACUCCGGGGGACAGCACAGCGACAAGAUCAACAAGUCAGAGUCUGUGGUCUACGCUGACAUUCGGAAGAACUGAGAUCCUCAGCUAUCCAAAGGACAACACUCAUUCAGACUGGAAUUGCUUGAGCAAGAUUUGACCCAGAGAACUCACAUGUGGCCUUUGAUGCCUAGGCUAGGACCAAUGCAUGUGCAUACAGAGGGAGAGAUAUAUAUGUAUUGUGUGUAAAUAGUCUAUUUAAUCGUACAGAAGUGAGACCAAUGUUGCAUGUUGAAAUGCGGUAAGAAUUCUGCUUAUAAAUUGCCAAUAUUCUUUUUUUUUUUUUUUUUUGUAUCUUGUGUGACGAGAGAGAAAGUGAAAACUCGCAUCACAAUUUUAAAAUAUUUUUAUCUUGAUUAUUAAUGGAGAAACUGGAAGAUACCUGAAGAUUCUAGAUUCACCUGGAGAUUCUUUUUUCUUUGCUUAUAGGGCCUAAUUUCUUUUAUUGAGGUGACUAUAAAGAAGAUAUCUUCUUUAUAUUCAGAGUUCUUUAUGUAUACAGGGUAUUUAUCUUUCCUUGGUCAGAUUCUCAGUACAGGCUGCCUUCUAAUGUAAACCAGACCCUCUCAUGUGGUCUUGUAAGCCAAACUGUGACUCCUAGCUAUCAGAAAUGUAUGUCUUAGCAGUGUGAGUGAAGGAAAUCCUUUAGGCCUACCUGACCUGUGUAAUGUGGGUCACAAAACUGUUUACUUCUCAAUGAGCCCAGCUAUUCAAGUUUAGUCCUUUAAGGUGCAGGGAUAGUGUUGAUCUAAUGAAUUUUGUGAAAUGGUAGUUUACCUGUGAAAACUGUGAAGGAGAUAGUGAGUUAAAGGCAUAGGAAGCUGUAGCUGUAGGUGGUUACCUCAGACUCUCUUGAACCUUUCAGUGAAAUAUUUCUUCCUCAAAGCUCUGUCAUUUCAUUACAUAAGCAUUACAAAGGGCUCCAAGGGAUCUGGAAGCUGUAGUACUCCCAUACCUCUCUCCCAUAGCUCUAUUAUGCCACUGUCACCACCUUGAAGGUGUUUUAUCUCUUCUCAAAAGCCUGUAGUGGAGGCUGAACAACUUCUGGAGGAAAUCUAGGGCUCUUUGGGUUUUUUGAUAUGUGGGUUUUUUUGGGUAACCAAUAAUUGCACAGAAGAUGUGGAUGGGCUGUUUAUUUCCUUCAUCUCUGCAAGUCUGCUGCUUGAAUACAAUUCUCCAGCCUCUUGUUUCUAGGUUAAACUCCUCCUAAAAUCCUAGAUUGUCAAGGAUCUCUGCUGAUGAGGAUUUCUUUUGUUGACCUAUUGUAUCCUGAAAUCUGGUGCUCGAAACUACAAGUGGCCUUUCAGCAGAGAUCUUCUCAAAGUGGCAGAAGUAUUAUUAUAGAAGAAGGAUUUCUGUUUUGUACAUCCUAAUGUGGUGGUUUUGGUUUGGGUUGGGUUUUUUUGGGAGCAAAUAAUUUUCAGUUUGGUCUAUCGUAAUGCCUUUUCUCUGAUUCUUACCCAUUUCCUAGUUCAGUCUGUUUCACAGAAUGGUUGAGGGUGGAGGGACCUCUGGAGAUCACCCAGUCUGCCUCAAGCAGGGUCAGCCAGAGGAGGCUUCUCUGCACUGUGCCCAGUUCUGAGCAUCUCCACAGGUGGGAACUCUACAACAUCUCUGGGCAACCUCUCCAAACAAGCUCAAGCCCACAUUUCACUCUAACAGCAAGCACAUGAAAAAUAGUUACAGACCCAUGGCAGACCCUUUCACAACCAUAUUAGAUAAUCCUUUAAUUAUGACAUUUCAGUUUUAAUAACUAUUUUGUGUACAGUGAGGGUCUUUUUCCCAACAAAGUUAGGUAUGCCAACACUAUAUUCUUUCAUCAGGAUCAGACUUCACUGGUUUCCUGACAACAGCUGCCUUUAUUAAAAAUCAACAGCUUUACUUUUUGUAUACAUGCACUGGGUAGAUCUUAGGACAUUGUCCUCAAAGCCAGAACUAGCUUCUUAAAACUGAGACCUAGAAGGAAAUAAUGGAUUAAUUUAUUCUGCCAUAUGUUGGUUGCUAAUCCUGAAAUACCUGAAUUUGUGUGAUUUUUCUUCCAAGACUUGGCUGGUAUGAGAAAAAAAAGGGCAUGCUUCAAUUUUAAAGGAGGUUUUUAAGGCACCAGUUUUCAGGUAUUUGCCUAGUCUUGUAGGGAACUGAGACACGAAGCUAUGGCUAACUCUCAGCUCUGUAAAUAUUCUAGCAUUUUACUUUUUGGCAAUAACAGAUAGAAGCUAAAAAAUGGACAAAUUUCUUCACAGGAGACCUUUAAAUAUCUUCUUCUACUUCA